AAGUACAGAGGCACACUACGCAGUAUCAGUUAACAAGCGGUCAAGCUUGUGUCAUAUUCGAUUCAAGUAGUAAAUGACUCGGUUGUGCGAAUUGUGGAACGUAAUCAUGCACAGUGCUAUCAUUCCAAUAUUGUGUUUACUCGCUACAAAACAGUCAGUUAGUGCGCGAUCGAUAAACGAUGAUCUCCUCACAAGUGACUUCAAAGAAAAACUAAUCGCAGAAGAAUUACAACAUUAUACAGGCGUCAAUCUAGAACUUAGUAAUGAAGAACAAAAAGUUAACGAUAUCCUAAUGAAGUACAAAUUCAAAGAAAUAGAUGAAACGUUCAUCCAUCAUUCGCCGUUGGACUUUUCCAAACAUUAUUUCACAUAUAAACACUAUAUCGAGAAAUCUCCAGUGUUCCAAAUCAUAAAGAAGAUGCCCAAAGGCGCGGCAUUGCAUAUUCAUAGUUCCACAAUGCUUCGACCAAAAGAUUUGCUUAAAUUGACCUAUGAAGACCACUUGUACGCCUGUUUUUCAUAUGACAAAUAUGUAGAUCUUCAAUUUUCUGAGAAUAUCCCAACGAGGCCUUGUGAUAUGCAGUGGGCGCUCCUCAGUGAUCUUCGUAAAAACUCACCUGAUAAUGGCAAAGACAUAGAUCAAAAAUUAAAAUCAUUCUUCACACUUUACACUAAAGAAGAAGAGCUUUUAAACUUAAAUAUAAAUCAAAUAUGGGAUAAUUUUAAUUACGUGCAUAAAUCUAUCAAAUCUCUAAUAACAUACAGGCCUGUGCGUGAAAAAUAUGUUUACAUGACUAUGGAGAGAUUUUAUGAGGACAACAUCAUGUAUGUGGAGAUCAGGACCGGGCUACAUUCAUUAUAUGAACUCAACGGAACGGAGCACCAUGGAAUGUACUUAGCCGAGUUGUACAAGCGAGUUUCAGACGAAUUUAUUAAAGAAUAUCCAGAUUUCCUUGGUCUUAAGAUAAUUUUGGCUCGAGGAAGAAUGUCAGACAUAGAUCGAAUCCAAGAAGGUUUAAUAUUUGCUGAAAAACUUAAGAAUGACAUUCCAGAAAUAUUUGUUGGUUUUGAUUUAGUCGGACAGGAAGACUUAGGAAGACCAUUAUCUGACUUUAAGCAAAUUUUGUUUGAAGCAAAAGGCCUAGAUUAUUUUUUCCAUGCUGGGGAAACAAAGUGGCUCGGUACAACGUCUGACGAAAAUUUAUUUGAUGCAUUCGAGUUAGGUUCGAAACGUAUAGGACACGGAUACGCCUUGAUUAAACACCCUUCUUUGGUCGAUCAUGUUCUUAAAAAUGACAUUCCCAUUGAAGUGAAUGUGAUAUCAAACGUUGUGUUAAAAUUAGUUAGUGAUGUAAGGAAUCAUCCUUUAGCUACGUACCUAGCUAUGGGUGUGCCUGUGGUGUUAUCCAGUGAUAAUCCUGGUGCGUGGGAGUCUGAUCCGUUGUCACAUGAUUUCUAUGUGACUUUCAUGGGUGUGGCCAGUAAAAAAGCGGAUUUAAGAUUACUUAAAACAUUAGCUUUAAAUUCCAUAAAAUAUAGUGCUCUGAAUAAAAUAAAGAAACAACAAUUAUAUGACAUAUUUGAUAAGAAAUGGAAAACAUUUUUGUCAGACGUGAUUAGAGCUAAUUGUUCAUCUUCAUAGGUAUGUAUGUAAUGUAAGUACUACCUUAUUCAUCAGCCUACCUUUAUCCCACUUUAUGUGGUAAGUAAGUAAUAACUUAUUAUAUCUAAAUAUAAGUAAUUCAAUUCAGUAAUUAAAUAAAAAUUAAUAAUACGAUCAUUUAUAUAUUUACUAUAUCUAUUACUAGUUAAUUUAGUUCCUGAAGAAAUAAAUAAUAAUAGAAGCUGAUUGCUCUUAUAGUAUAAUUAAAGCUGUAUCUAUAUUAAUGUCAUCAAUAAACCUAUCAAACGACAUGAAUAGACUGCAUGGUAGACACAAUAAACUUUUUACAUAGGUAUCUCUUGCAUCAUUUAGUCUAAAAAUAUUAAUGUACUCAGACUAUUUUAAAAGGCUGUGACGCAAUCAAUUCAAUAUAAAUUUAUUUUUAUA